UGCGAGUCGUGUGCCCCAGUAUUCACUCGGCUUUAUCGAAGGAAGGAAGUGUAGUAAAACCGUGAACGGUACACUCGCAAUGUGUGUUUCAUAUUGAACGAAAAAUUUACCGGCAAUCGACCCAAUCUAAAACAUUUCUUUUUUAUUCCCAUCCAACCAAACCAGCUUUUAAAUGAUAAUUUAAAUACUUUCGAUUAAAUUUCUCGUUCGUAAUCUGUUCGUUUCGCUCUUCGCCUCAACCAAGAGGUGAAGAACCAAGCCGCGACGAACAAGUUUUAUUGACACCGAUUCGUUUCAAACCCAACAUCUUCAAUUUUCAACGAAACCUACAUUCAUUACGCUCCAGUGGAAGUUCCACCGCUACACAAGUGUUUCUCUGCAGAAGACUGGAUUUUACUGGACGCGAUGGGAUGCAGCCCAUCGCCCGGUUCUUCCGGUAGAUUCCUAACGAUGCAUAAAAGGAGACGUAAAAAAUUGACCACACGUUCUUUAUCGCAAGACCACGCGAUAUUAGACGAUAUUCACCACGGACAAGUGCAGAGGAUUCUUGACCGGUGCAGCCUCUGGGGUUUCAACGCGUUCACAUUGGAAACAGUAGCAGGUGGCCGUUCUCUGCCCGUCCUUUGUGUCCAUCUGUUUCACUGGUAUGGGCUUCUAGACUACUUCAACUUGGACGUCGUCCGCGUUUGGAAGCUAUUCACAUUAAUCGAAGAAGGUUACCACAGUACCAACCCAUACCACAAUUCCAUCCAUGCUACUGACGUCACUCAGGCAAUGCACUGUUUUCUACAGGAAGAGAAGAUACGAAAACAUGUGACGCCACUGGAGGUUAUGGCUUCGCUUUUGGGGGCUGUAGCUCAUGACCUCGAACAUCCAGGGGUUAAUCAACAUUUUCUUAUUUCAACUUCGAAUCAUCUUGCCAUAUUAUAUGAGAAUAUGUCUGUAUUAGAAAAUCAUCAUUGGAGGUCAGCUGUUGGGUGUCUUCUAGAAAGUGGAGUAGCUGAUCAACUUCUCCCAUUCAGAGGUGAACUUGAAUAUCAAAUUCGCGAUCUCAUCUUAGCCACUGAUAUUAACAGACAACAAGAGUUCUUGACCAAAUUUAAAAACCACUUAGAUGAAAACACAUUAGAUUUAAGUAGAAAAGAAGAUCGACACUUUAUACUCCAGAUAGCUCUCAAAUGCGCUGAUAUCUCGAAUCCAACAAGGCCGUGGGACAUUUCGCAUAAAUGGAGCCUGAAAGUUUGCGAUGAAUUUUUUAGGCAGGGCGAAUUCGAACGGCAGCUCAAUCUCCCGGUGACUUCCAUUUGUGAUCGGCAGCAAACUUCCAUCGCGAAGAUCCAGGCAGGAUUCUUCCGUUUCGUCGUCACUCCUCUUUUUUCUGAGUGGCACCGAUUUCUCAAAAGUCACCUUUCAACCCACAUGAUCGAUCUUCUAGAAUCUAACAAAAAGAAGUGGGAAGCUCAAGAAGCCGCCGAAUUAGCGGAGAAAACUUGUGUUGUUAUUGAAACUGUUGAACCCGAAACCGCUGUUAGCGAUGAAGAGGAACGAGAUGAAAGCAAAAGAUCGUCUGGUACACCAAGUAUUAUAGAAUUUAUCAGACCCCCUUCGGUUAAUAAAGAAUCUAGAAGAAAAUCAUUGGCGGUGCCAACGUUAGAAAGUGCUUUAGGAGUACGACGACAUUCAGUACCGGUAAAUAUGGAACAACCACCACUGCCCAGAACGAUCUAUAGGAGAGAAAGUCUACCAAUAGGUCGAAGUGCAUCGGCACAAUCUGGAAAGUCUGGUAAUAGUCCAGUAAGAACGGAAUCUCGAGUGUCUAGCGGUUUGCGCGAAGAAGACGAAUUGAUGAAAUACAGCUCCCAAUUAUCCUUGCUAUCAAAUAGCAGUGGAGGUCUUCAUCAUUCGUCUCACUCUAUGACCGAAAACGAUCCAGAACGGCCGCUUAGCGCAGAAAACCUUUUACCAGAACCUAGUAUAGCAUCCAUGACAAGCAGCGCGGCUGCUAGUAAGCUCACAUGCGUUUUACAAGGGCUCUCCGGUCCUAUUAAAGCUCUCACUAGACAGCAAACUUUCCCACCCCCAAAUCCUUAUAUUCGAACUCGGUAUAUGUCUGCUACUGUGGAAAUGUCAACGUGUGCAGAAUCAGUUCGAGAAGAGAGCAAAUCAAGUUCUUCGAAUAUUUCUGAUGAAAACAUAUCAAAUCUUCCACAAUACACAAUUCCGUCAAUAGCAGUGUUAAGUCCAAAUAACGGUAGACCUUCGGAAAUACUAGAUGUACCAAUGAAUCAAAAACCAUCGGCGUCUGGAAAGCGCGAACCGGAUACCGUUGAAAAAGAGAAAGCGAGUAAAAUACCAAAAAUAUCCGAUAUCGGCCAACGAUACGAAAAGGAAAACGUCGAUCCACGUCGAAAUGGCACCGUAACUUCGUUGUCGAAACGAAGAGGUUCGGCACCUGUUGCUCAAACGCGUACUGACGAGAAUAUACCCCCUGCUGGCGGGGGGCUGUACUUGACAGAUCCCCAAACGUUAAGGCGCGGCUCAGUACCUGUAGAAAUUACUUCCCACAGACGUUUUGAAGAUGAUGGAAAUUGUGAUGAUCAUAUAAGCAAUAUCGAACAAUCCAAUAAUAAUCCCUGGCAAUGUCAAGAACGGAGAGGUUCAGCGCCGACCGAUUUACCGCCGUUAGCAAUGGAGCGUAGAGAUCAAUUGACCCGACAUACUAGUCUUAAUGGCAAAGCAGGGCGUCGGAAGAAGCAUCUCCGAAGGCGCAGCUCGGGCGGGCCCGAAACCGUUUGCCUUCCCGAAGCGGCUUCAGACUCGUGGACGAGACUUCUGCUGCGCCGCAAUGAGAAUCCCGAUAUGCUGCUGGCUCGGCGACGAGGAUCACUGCCUAUUGAAGUGUUGACCGUUGGACAUUCUGGCAAAUAUGUAGACUCCCGUGCGGUUCUGAAGAAUCUGUAAUUAUUUGGUAAGGUU